ACGAAACGAACUUUUGUACAGGGGAGAUCACUCUUAUGUACAAAAUGGCUGACCCAGCACGUGUGAGAAAGUCGAGUCGCUCAAAAUCCGAAGAAUGUUCUUUGACAGAGGCAGUUGCUUCAAAUCAGAUGUUGCUCCUAUGAACAUUUAGCUCAAUGGACACCAAGAGAGAAAAGCAGGCGAUGAAAGAUGUGGUAAUGGUGGUAGAACAAGAUUAUGAUGACUCUGGGGUUUUGGAAGAGCUGGGAAAUGCACAAUGCUCAAAUCCUCCAGCAAUAUCAACUACAGCUGUUAAGGCACAGAUGCAACCACCCCAAGGACAGAAUGACAUGACAUCUUCUGAUGAGAAAACAACUGGCCAGUGCAGCACACCACUACUGACUUCUCAGUCAAAAAAAAGGUGUUACAAGCGGACUAUAUGUACAUAUGACACAGUGGACAUAGCAAGACAAAACAGAAAAAAAGAAAGACUAUGUAUAGAAGAAGAACAAAUCAAAGCAAAAACAGAGAAAAUUAAGGCAGACAUAGCAAGACAAACCAUUGAAAAAGAAAAUCUGUGUAUGAAAUUAGAAAUAAUUAAGGCAGAAGUGCAAACGACGAAAAAAAAUUGUGAAAUCCUAGAUCUGAUAAAAGAGGUCUUCCUCUUGGAAAAAGAGGUCCUCCUCUUGAAAAAGAAAAAUUUGGAAAAGCAGUUGAAAGAUAUGUGAUUUAUGUGUUGGAAUGUGUAUAAAAUUAAUUUUUCAUGUUUUUGUAAUCAUUAAAAGUGAAUUUUUGCUGUA